ACGGAUAAAUUUACAAAAAUGCGAAAAAUGUGGUGGUAUCUCGAUUUUCUCGUAUUUAUGACGCUUAUUUUAAUUGUGAUUUACGCCUGGACACCGCAAUUACACGAUAACACUAAAAGAACUUAUGAGGUAGUUCAAAAAAGAUGGCAUAACUCACCGGGAGAUUAUGAAAAAGUGAAGACUAUUCUUUACUGGAAUACUAUGUUCGCAGAAAAACUUAAAGACUUUAUGCUUGGUGAAGGAGAUAUCUUCAAAAAUUGUCCAGUACCUCAUUGCUAUGCGACAUCUGACAGAAAAUUAUUAAAUUUUACAAUUGAUUAUGAUGCCAUACUAUUUCAUGGAAUCGAAAUGCAGCUAAAUGAUCUCCCGAUUUAUAGAUCGACUCAUCAGCGUUACAUAUAUUUUUCAUGGGAAUCACCUGUUUCUAGGCCGUUAAAUGUUUAUAAAUUCGUUUUAAACCCAAAUUUUUACAACUGGACAAUGUCAUAUCGAUUAGAUUCAGAUAUAAGAAGGCCUUAUAGACAAAUUAGGGAAAUUGAAAGUGAUACAAUAAUUGCACCACCACUCGAUCCCGAUGGUACUGUUAAAUGGCGAUCGUAUGAUGACAAAUACAUUCCGACUGAUAAAGAAAUGGCUAUUAUUAAAAGUAAAAAAAAAAUGGCUGCUUGGUUUGUCUCACAUUGUGAGACUAAUUCUCAAAGAGAAAUAUUGGUUGACAAUCUUCGGCAGUACUUUCAGAUUGAUGUUUACGGCAAAUGUGGUAAUAAACAGUGUAAUAAGACAACGAACCAUGAUUGUUAUAAUCUUGUUGAGCGAGAUUAUUAUUUUUACCUAUCAUUUGAAAAUACUCUUUGUAAAUAUUAUGUAACUGAAAAAUUGUUUUCACCGAUGCAAAAAUACGUUAUUCCGAUUGUUUACGGUGGUGCUGAUUACUCACAAUUUAUUCCACCACAUUCCUACAUCGACGUAAGAAAUUUCAAUGAUACUCGACACUUGGCUAAAUUUUUAUUAAAAUUAUCAGCGAAUCCAGCUGCGUAUGCUAAAUAUUUUUGGUGGAAAAAAUAUUAUUCUAUCGAAGAUGCUAAUAAAUCAACGCUUUGUGAUCUCUGCAAAAAACUUCAUGAUACAUCAUUGCCACGAAAAAGUAUUGAUAAUUUCGAAAAGUAUUACAUAAAAAAUCAGUGCGUUCAUACAAAAUUGUUAACUAUAAAUUUAUAAAAAUGCGAAAAUUGUGGUGGUAUCUCGAUUUUCUUAUAUUUAUUACGCUUAUUUUAAUUGUGAUUUACGCCUGGACACCGGUAUUAUACGAUAACACUAAAAGAACUUAUCAGGUAGUUCAAAAAAGAUGGCAUUACUCACCGGGAGAUUAUAAAAAAGUGAAAACUAUUCUUUACUGGAAUACCAUGUACGCAGAAAAACAUAAAGACUUUAUGUUUGGUGAAGGAGAUGUCUUCAAAAAUUGUCCAGUACCUCAUUGCUAUGCGACAUCUGAUAGAAAAUUAUUCAAUUUUAUAACUGAUUAUGAUGCCAUACUAUUUCAUGGAAUUGAAAUGCAGCUAAAUGAUCUCCCGAUUUAUAGAUCGACUCAUCAGCGUUACAUAUAUUUUUCAUGGGAAUCACCUGUUUCUAGACCGUUAAAUGAUUUUCAAUUCGUUUUUAACCCAAAUUUUUACAACUGGACAAUGUCAUAUCGAUUGGAUUCCGAUAUAAGAAGGCCUUAUGGUCAAGUUAGGGAAAUUGAAAGUGAUACAAUAAUUGCACCACCACUCGAUCCCGAUGGUAUUGUUAAAUGGCGAUCGUAUGAUGACAAAUACAUUCCGACUGAUAAAGAAAUGGCUAUUAUUAAAGGUAAAAAAAAAAUGGCUGCUUGGUUUGUCUCACAUUGUGAGACUAAUUCUCAAAGAGAAUUAUUGGUUGCCAAUCUUCAGCAGUACUUUCAGAUUGAUGUUUACGGCAAAUGUGGUGAUAAACAGUGUAAUAAGACAGCGAAUCAUGAUUGUCAUAAUCUUGUUGAGCGAGAUUAUUAUUUUUACUUAUCAUUUGAAAAUACUCUUUGUAAACAUUAUAUAACUGAGAAAUUAUUUUUACCGAUGCAAAAAUACGUUAUUCCGAUUGUUUACGGUGGUGCUGAUUACUCACAAUUUAUUCCACCACAUUCCUACAUCGACGUGAGAAAUUUCAAUGAUACUCGACACUUGGCUAAAUUUUUAUUAAAAUUAUCAGCGAAUCCAGCUGCGUAUGCUAAAUAUUUUUGGUGGAAAAAAUAUUAUUCUAUCGACGAUACUAAUGAAUCAACGCUUUGUGAUCUUUGCAAAAAACUUCAUGAUACAUCAUUGCCACGAAAAAGUAUUGAUAAUUUCGAAAAGUAUUACAUAAAAAAUCAGUGCGUUUAUACAAAACUAGUUAACGUAACUGAUGAAUAA